UGUUAAACUUUGACCUAAUUUCGACCUCAUUUAAGCAGUUGUCUUGUGUCAAGGUAUAUCUAGACGGAACUUACAACCAUUGCAGGUGUCUUCGGUCACAGAGGCAUUCUACAGGUGGACGCAAAAGCCUAUACCAUGGAACCCAACGGCAUAGUAGCCAUCUCCGCCAAACCCCUGACCACUGAGAACAUCUACACCAACCCAGCUUUCAGCAUACAAGACGAGAAACGCAACAGCCUGGGAAACGCCAGCAACCACAGCCGAGAGAGCGACAACACCACUAAGGCGGAGACCACUGAGAAAAGCGAGCCGGCGGAGAAUGCUUACACUGAGAUACCCCCACCCAAGCGGGACUCGGGCUCCGUGGAGUUCAGCUUGAGCAAGAGGGUGCCGAGUAAAGAGAGGCUCAAGUCCAUCUCUGAUGGGCCAUACAGGGGCAUGGGCAAAGAAGAAUUGUUGAGGUAUUCAUCGCGACCCCUGUGGAGAAAUCUCCGGUACAUCUGUAUUUCUAUUGUCUUGACAGGUUGGCUUGCCCUUCUGAUAACUGUGGUUGCCCUCGUUCUGAUCUACCCAAAGUGUCGUAACGUGCCGGAGCGCGAGUGGUGGCAGACGACAGUCGUCUACCGGAUAUACGUCAGAAGUUUCCAGGACUCGGAGGCCAAGGCAGACGGCAACGGAGACAUUAAGGGUAUUCGCCAACAACUGGACUACCUGAGCAGCCUGGGGGUGGGGACCAUCGCCCUGAGCCCCAUCUUUGAGCUGGCCCCAGACGCCACCUCCGACACGCAGGUGAUCAACCACACGAACGUUGAUCCCAUGUUCGGCACGCUGGAGGAGUUCAAGCUGCUGGUCAAUGAGACGCACUCACGCGGCAUGCACAUCACCCUAGACUUCAUCCCCAACCACACCUCACAAAACCACACCUGGUUCCAGCAGAGUGCCAGCAGCAACUUUCUGCAUGAAAACCCGUACAGGUCCUACUACAUCUGGAGUGAGGGUCUGGGGCAGAACAGGGUUAUGGCACCCAACAACUGGACUUCAGUGUACCAAUGCUCGGCCUGGAAAAUAAGGGAAGAUAACUCCUUUUACUUGCACCAGUUUGAGGCAUCUGAACCGGAACUGAAUCUCCGUAGCGAGAAGGUCAAGGAGGAGCUAGAGAACAUUCUUCAGUUCUGGCUUGAACUCGGAGUUGACGGUUUCUACAUACGAGACACAGACUACCUGUUUGAGGACUACGAUCUCAGGGAUGACAUCCUUAUACACAACUCUUCCAUCACAAACUGCUCACCUGACAAAUCCCUCCCCACCUACGAGUCCUAUAACCACAAAUACACCAAAGGCCUACCCGAAAUUUUCGACAUCCUUGCGCGCUGGAGAUAUUUCCUGGACGAUUAUGGAAACAAAACAGGCCAUUACAAAAUUCUCUUCGCUGACGUGGACGGGCCCUACCAGCAUGUGAUGAACUACUACGGUAGAUUUAACAGAGAUGGGGUGGACUUCCCUCUCAACAAAUUCAGCCUCGAACUGAACGAGACUUCCGGUGGUCAAGGGGUCGGCCAGAUGGUGUCUGAUUGGAUGAAACACAUGCCUAAACACAGAUGGGCCAACUGGAUGGGAGGCGAUGACAGAAGUAAGCGGUUGGCUGACCGCUUAGGGGAAGAGAUGUCUGGCACCUACCUGAUGCUCUCACUGCUGUUACCUGGGACACCUUACCUGUACUACGGGGAUGAAAUAGGCUUACAGGAAGUGGUACUGAACAGUACUUCCGCCUCUAGUCCACGGUCACAAGCCAAGCCAAUGCGUGGCCCUAUGCAGUGGAACAACAAGACAAACGCUGGCUUCUGUCCUGAAUGUCUGGCCAAACCGUGGAUGGAGAUCCAUCCAGGCUACAAGACGGACAUGAAUGUGGAGGCCAAGAUGAAUGAUCCUGAGUCUGAAUGGCACCUGCUAAAAAACCUGACCACACUAAGGAAAGAUAACCCAGCGUUUGAAUACGGAGAUUUCGUUGUCGUUUUACAAGAUGACGAAGUGUUUUCUUUUGUGCGUGAGUUCGAUGGAGAGCGAGGGUAUUUGGUGGCCCUAAAUUUUGUAGACAAGGAAUCCAAGAAAAGGUUGACCGGUCGUCACUCCACUGUACCAGGAAGCGCGUCCGUCAAUAUCGCGUGGGGUUCUAAAAAACGUCACCGGAAGGGCGGGAGUACAAACCUUGACCCCGUAACCUUGGCGCCGUUUGAGGGCAUCGUGGUCUCCUGGGACUAUAAAGCCAAAGAUCUUUAGUUUAAAUGAGCUCAUUAAUUAAUGAGAUAAUCUAAUUUUAUUCACAUGUAAAUAUCAAAAUACAGAUUCUGUUAAAGAGCAUAUAAUAAACGUUUAGCUUUUAAUGUAUAACUUUAAAAUUUGAAACAGAAAUAAUAAAUGUUCCUAUUUUUAAAAGUGUAACGGA